CCCAACACUUUAUGUUUGUUAAGUAGUACUACUAUUUUCUCUUUUCCCCGGGAAAUCCUCCCGUUAAACCUGCCUUGCACAAUUUUUUACUACUUUAAUUAUUCAAUUAUUAAUUAAAUUGGUCCAUCAUCCCAGAAAAGGCGAAAAGCAAACUCAGGAAAAACGAACCCAAAAAAAAAAAAAGAAAAGGGAAAAGAAUAAAAGAUAAGACCCAUUUGCAUUUGAGGCCCCAGAUUUUCCACCCAUUUUUGCAAUCAUCAUCUUCCUUAUUCUAUAUCACUGUCCGAUUUCCCCCUCUUCCCAAUUAAGAUUUAGAAGUAGAAGCCAAGAGUUUAUGUAAUCCGAGUUCAUUUUGGAAAGUGAUAUAUAUAUAUAUGGAUGUUCCAAUUUCAACAUCACUCUUUUAGCUCUCAGCUCAGUUCCUCCUCCUCCCUUCAAUGGCGGCUGCUCUGCCAAUUCUGCUUGUACUUUUACUCAUUACUUUAUCCACGGCUGUUUCAUCAUCAGCUGUAUUAUAUGAUUCUGAAACCCAAAAGAGGACUUACAUUUUCCGAGUUGAUUCCUCCUUCAUUAAGCCCUCUGUUUUCCCCACCCAUCACCAUUGGUACGCUUCUGAGUUUUUCACCACCACCACCCCCACUGCAUCAUCAUCGUCUUCCUCCUCUGACAGUAUCCUCCACGUGUACGAGAAUGUUUUCCAUGGUUUCUCAGCUUCUUUGACCCCGGCACAAGCUGCUGAGUUCCGACAGCAUCCCGCUAUCCUCGCCGCUUUUGAAGACCGCCGGCGCCACCUCCACACCACCCGCUCCCCUCAGUUCCUGGGCCUUCGUAACCAGAGGGGUCUCUGGUCCGAAUCCGACUACGGCUCCGACGUUAUCAUCGGUGUUUUUGAUACCGGAAUAUGGCCGGAACGGAGGAGUUUCUCCGAUUUGAACCUCGGUCCUGUUCCGGCGAGAUGGAAAGGGGUUUGCCAGGCCGGCGUUAGGUUCACGGCGAGGAAUUGUAACAAGAAGAUUGUUGGGGCGAGGUUUUUCUCCAAAGGACAUGAGGCUGCGCCGCCGGGGUUCGGCGGUAUUGGCGGUGGGAUUAACGACACCGUUGAGUUUAAGUCCCCGAGAGACGCCGACGGGCAUGGGACCCACACCGCCUCCACGGCGGCCGGCCGCCAUGCUUUUAAAGCCAGUAUGGAAGGCUACGCCGCCGGAAUAGCCAAAGGCGUGGCUCCCAAAGCUCGACUGGCUGUCUACAAAGUGUGCUGGAAGGACGCCGGCUGCUUCGAUUCCGACAUCCUCGCCGCAUUUGAUGCCGCCGUUACCGACGGCGUCGACGUCAUCUCCAUCUCCAUCGGCGGAGGCGACGGCGUUUCUUCCCCUUAUUACCUCGAUCCCAUCGCCAUAGGGGCAUACGGCGCCGUUUCCAGGGGUAUUUUCGUUUCGUCUUCAGCUGGUAACGAUGGGCCUAAUGCAAUGUCCGUAACCAACUUGGCCCCCUGGCUCACUACCGUAGGCGCCGGCACCAUAGACAGAAACUUCCCCGCCGAGAUUAUCCUCGGAGAUGGUCGGAAGUUCUCCGGCGUCUCGCUUUAUGCCGGAGCUCCGUUGAACGGCAAAAUGUACCCGGUUGUUUACCCGGGUAAAUCGGGAGUACUUGCAACUUCCUUGUGUAUGGAGAACUCACUGGACAGCAGUGGCGUGAAGGGCAAGAUCGUCAUUUGCGAUCGCGGCAGCAAUCCCAGGGUGGCGAAAGGGCUGGUUGUGAAGAAGGCCGGCGGCGUGGGUAUGAUUCUGGCGAACGGAGUAACUAACGGAGAAGGCUUAGUCGGAGAUGCUCAUUUACUUCCGGCUUGUGCCGUGGGGACCACCGAGGGUGAUGCCAUUAAGGCAUACGCAUCAUCUCAUUCCGCCACCGCCACCAUUAAUUUCGGCGGCACUGUGGUCGGAGUCAAGCCGGCUCCGGUUGUGGCUUCCUUUUCGGCUCGGGGACCCAACGGGUUGAACCCGGAGAUACUGAAACCGGACUUGAUCGCUCCGGGUGUCAACAUUUUAGCUGCGUGGACCGAUGCUGUAGGUCCGACGGGGCUCGAUUUGGAUACCCGGAAAACCGAAUUCAACAUCUUGUCGGGUACUUCAAUGGCCUGCCCACACGUCAGCGGCGCGGCGGCGUUGCUGAAAUCCGCCCAUCCGGACUGGAGCCCCGCGGCGAUCAGGUCGGCGAUGAUGACGACAUCUAGCGUCAUCGACAACGGUUUCCAUCCCAUGGUUGAUGAAUCCACGGGCAAGCCAUCCACCCCGUACGAUUUCGGGGCGGGUCAUUUGAACCUGGACCUCGCCAUGGAUCCUGGGCUGGUUUACGAUCUCACCAAUAACGAUUACGUCAACUUCUUAUGUGGAAUCGAAUACGGGCCAAAGACAAUCCAAGUGAUCACAAAAGCCCCGGUGAGCUGCCCGGCGAGAAAGCCGUUCCCGGAGAAUCUGAACUACCCGUCCAUCGCCGCUUUGUUUUCAAGUGGCUCCACCGGAGUGUCGACCAAAACGUUCUUCCGGACGGUCACUAACGUCGGAGCCGAGGCGAACGCAGUUUAUACGGCGAAAAUAGAGGCGCCGAAGGGAGUGAGUGUGAGUGUGAAGCCGUCCAAGUUGGUGUUCACGGAGAAGAUAAGGAAACUGAGUUACUAUGUUAGCGUGACGGCGGACAGUAAGAAUCUGGUACUUGGUAACUCGGGGGCUGUAUUCGGAUCACUAUCUUGGGUGGAUGGAAAACACGUGGUUCGGAGCCCCAUGGUGAUCACUCAAAUCGACCCAUUGUAGAAUAAGAACCUCUUUGAUCAUGUGAAUUUGAUCCAGGUUUUUAGCUUUUUAAACUAAGGAGCUGUGCAAAUUUUUUAGCUUUUUGUAGCUUUGAAUUGGUUAUUAUGUCAUAUGUGCCUGUUCUAUGUGACUUUGAAUUGGUUAUGUCAUAGGUGGCAUAUGUUUUUUUUCCCCUUUGGAGUGUUGGGGGUUUUUUUUUUUUUUUUUCUUUUCAUUUUUUUAACAUUUUUU